AUGGACGGAUAUCCUCUGGGCAGCCUGGACCAUAAUGUCCCAUACCUCCUCGUGUCCGGCCUCACGACCUCGAACUCCGAGCUCCCUCUGCAAGAGAAUCUCAAAUAUGAAAGGAAAAUAUUGCUGAAAUCCAAGCUGCCCGCUGCAGAGGGACCGGAUGCCAAAGCGUUGGCCAGAUACUUCCAAGCAGUCGACGAACAGGGAAAAUCAUGGGCGGCCGUAGGGAGCAAAACACCAUAUAGAUUUCGCAUCAAAAGCGUUGGCAGGACUAUCCCACUCCCCCCACGACAAGCGCGGCUCCCUGAGAGGACCGAAACCUUGGAAUCGCACCAUAUCCUUCAUUCACCUUUCUCGCCGCUCAGCCCCGUGUCAUCUCUCUACCCCGAUGGCUUAAUCGAUGCGCAAUGGGUCAAGAAGCACCAGGAAUUAGUGCCGAGUGUCCUGCUCUGCUUUUAUACGCUCACGACCGACCCCACGACGACUACAUUACGAGACAAUGAACUCAAGAAUGAUAUUGGGGAGCUGAAAGCUAUGCUGGCCAAGUCUGGGUACAAGACUAGGCUAGCUGUCGCUCUGAUAGCAGAGCCAGACAGCACAGCAUCAUCACUGGCAACGGGUCUCCAGGACCGGCUGGAAAAUAUCCGAAGGGGCGCUACACUGGAUCCCAAGUCGCUCUUUUAUAUUCCUCCACAGGACUCCGACAGCGAAUUGCGGGGCGUCGUGGAUAGCGUAUUGACAACCCUCUAUGGCAGUGCGGUGGAAUACUACCGGGACCUGGCGAGACAUUCCAGGAAAAAGCGAUCCAGGGGAAUAGCUCCUCCGCCAACAGUUCCUCCAACUACAGGGACUUCGCGGACCUUGUCUAUCCCAGACUGGAACCUAAGAUAUGAUGUCAAAUCCGGUGUCUUCGCCGAGUUCCGCCAAGAGUACGAUGCUGCCGUCAGAUUCUACGAACAGGCCUAUGGGACUCUGCUAGGCCAGGACGUUCUUGAUGUGAUUCCCAGUUGGAGCCCAAGAUGGAACGAAGCGCGGCUGCUCUCCGAUGUAAUUUCGAUACGGUGCCUAAGAGUUCAUUUUUGGAUGGGUAUGACCAGCCUUGCUGUGAAGCGGUGGCAGGCUCAUCGCGAUAAUAUUCAAGAUUUCGUUGACCGUCGCGGCCACGGAACAGCCAACUACGGAUGGCAAGCCUGGGAAGCACGCUGGGCAAUGGUCAUGGCGGAUUUGAUCGAGAAGAUCCAGAUACCCGGGCUGACCAACCCAUCACCAUCGGUGUUCUUACCCCCUGACCGAUCCAUGAUGGCUGAACGUAUCAACCCAUGGGAGCAUCUUCACCACCGGGGUUACUGGUAUAGAAUAGCGGCUCGCCAUCUUGGUUUCAGGAGGAGGCUAGCGCACAGUAUUCCAGAUGAUGAUAGAGUCCCGCCCGAGGAUCCUACGGUCAAGGAGAAGUUCGGGUACGACACAUAUCUAUGCCCCAAACCUUACGAGGAGCAUCCAUUGCGUGGCCACGGCGUGAACCACUCGCAAUUGAUCAUCGAUUGCCUCAUAAAAGCACAGACACAGUUUCAAUCCCGAAACCAAACACGCACAGCUGCCGAAAUAUCCAUUGAGUGUGCCAAGGAGAUGGCCAGCACAGGGUCGUGGCAAGAUGUGCUCUCCGUGCUACGCCCGCUAUGGGAGGAAUCAUCCUUCAGAUCCGGAGGUUGGGUAAAUAUUGCCGAGGACUUUGCUUGGCUUCUAAGACGUGCCGCAGUAGACGAGGGUGAGGGCGAUUUGGUUGUGGCUAUUGAUUGGGAGUUAAUGCACAAGAGAUACACCCAAAGACCAAACUGGCACUACGACCUCUCCAAGUCCCUAGAAGAGACAACCUGCUCGUCUAAACCCGAGGUCAGAAUAUCAGAUGACCAAGUCGAGGCACCCAUCGUGGCCGGAUGGGCGUUUAUGGGGAAAGAGAGCAGGGCUGGUGAAACCUGUGUUGCCCAACUAUCGCUCAAGUCUGAGGCGUUCUCAAAUGCCGCGCCUUUGACAUUCAAGUCCUUGAGAAUCGAGUUUGACGGGGCGCUGAAGCCAAUUGUACUAGAACACUUGCCUUCCGAAGAAAAGUCCAAGGGCAAGGUCAGCCUUAACGCCUUGACUCUUGAGGAGGUCUUCGAUACCGAGUCUGGAGACCUCCCUACUAUGCUCAAAGGACAGACCGACCUCACCUUGGCUCCGGGUAAUACACUUGUCGUUGAGAUGGUAAUCGCCCUUCGGGAAGCCGGAGAAGUCACAUCGUCUACACUCCAAUUGAAUUACAGCGCCGAAAGUUUCGAUCUAUCAUACACCAUGGACCUCGGGGAUUUGAGGAACCCUGCUGGCUGGUACACCAAGGGCCACAAUGCACCCCGAUACAUCCGUGCAGAAUCUCACAUGCUUCAUGUCCAGCCUCGCCCGCCCAAGCUGGAGAUCAAGUAUCUCAACUCCUCCAGCCAAUACUACGUUAGCGAGCCCAUCAAGCUUCGCGUCCAACUAGUUAACGGCGAGGACGAGUCGGUGAGCGUCAAGCUGGACGCUCACCUCUUCGGAAAGGUCGUCCCGGCCUUUACGCUUAAAGCCAACGGAGAGGAGCAAAAAAUCGAAAGUGCGGAAGAAGAGGCAAGGCUCACCGAGUUCCCCAUCGGCGACCUCGCGAGUUCAUCCUCCCUGGACGUCAUGCUCACAAUCGAUCCCGCAGAGGAACCUACCUCGUACGACCUGCAUCUACGGGCGUCGUACCACCUCGACUCCGAUGCGGCAACGCCCAUCACGCAGAUGCUCCCGCUCCAGCUCACAGUCGUGAACGCAUUCGAGUCCAACUACGAUCUGAAUCCCAGGCUGCACCCGGACCCAUGGCCGAGCUUAUUCGACUGCGACACCAUCAGCAGCUCGCCCGACAUCUCAGAAGACACACCCACCCCGUUCAGAGGCCUGUCCCAAAGCUGGUGCCUCAUGUGCCACUUCGCCUCAUUCGCCCUCCACGAUCUCAAGAUUGUCGGGAUGGAGCUCAAGGUGCUCUCCAACCUGAAGAACGCCCGGUGCGAGAUCGUGAAGCAGGCCGAGACGCCAGGGGACGGGAUCCUCGUCGCGCCCAAGACGAUGCACGAGGCGCGCUUCGACCUCGUCACCCAGAAGGUGAGCCUCGACGACCGCCACCCGGUCCCGCUCGAGCUCGGCUUCGUGAUCCAGUGGCAGCGCCAAGAGACGGACGACGAGGACGACGGCGCCGGGCCGAUCAACACGACGACCAUGUACGCCGGCAACUACCUGGUGCUCGGCUCGGAGCCCCGCGUGCUGGCGUCGGCCUCGGAGAUUGACAUGGGCAAGGCCAUGCGACUACUACUGCUGGACAUCACCAUUGAGAACCCGUCUAACCACUUCCUCACCUUCGGCCUGAACGUAGAGCCCAGCGAUGAGUUUGCAUUCUCUGGUGCUAAGCAGACCACGGUGCAUCUCCUGCCGCUAUCCAGAAGGGCGCUGACCUACCGACUAUUACCGCUGGUGAGAGGGGACUUCAUCCGGCCCGGGAUCCUCGUGCGCGACAAGUACUUCCAGAAGACGUUGCGGAUUAUUCCGACGGAGGGUAUGAAGAUAGACAAGGAUGGACUACUGGUAUGGAUCACCCCUAUGGAGGGUGAGGGUGAGGAAGGCAAGGCAGCUGUCGAAGUCGAAGACGACGACGAUAAAUCAGGGGAUUCGGAAGUAUAA